AAUUUGACAAAUGGAAACUUCACAAUUUCACAUAAACAGAAACCCGGACGUAUUUUUUUGAAUGUUUUAUUUAUAUUUAAAAUAAAAUCUUUAAAAAGAGCUUAAUAUUUCGAUUUAUUGGAAUGUUAUCAAGACACUCAUGUAUCUAAGAAGAAGUACAACUUUAAAAUACCUAAUAGGAAUCCCACUGGCCGUUGCUUUCUAUUGUGAAUGGUUUGUGUUUGUGAUUCAACCACUAUUUUGGCAAAAAAUAGAAUGCGAACACAAUUUAAAAUGUACCAAGAUCCUCUUUAUAGCGGAUCCACAAAUACAAGGGGAUUUAGCCGUUCCUUCGCCUUUGAAUGUACUCUUCAAUUGGGACAGUGAUAGGUACUUGAGAUCAACUUUUUCAGUAGUAAUAAAACAUUUUAAGCCAGAUGUAUUAGUAUAUUUGGGAGACUUAAUGGAUGAAGGUUCAAUUUCCAGUCAAGUUGAAUUUCAUAGCUAUGUGAAAAGACUAUCUAAUAUAUUUGAUGUAUAUUAUCCUAUAGUGCAAGUAUGGCUUCCAGGCGACAACGACAUAGGUGGUGAAAAUGAGCCAAUAAAACACGAAAAAGUGAUUGAGUUCAAUAAAGUUUUCAAUCAGCCAUCAGUAAUUAGCUUCAGAAAUAUAACUUUUUACAAAGUUAAUUCUAUAAUGUACAAAGUACCACAGGGCCCCGAUGAUGCUGAUCUAAAUGUGAAAAUUGCUGUGGCACAUUAUCCAGUUUUAUCUAAAGGUGUUUAUGGACGGCAGGUUAAUAAGGCAAUACGGCCAGAGAUAUAUUUCUGUGCUCAUGAGCACAUGUCGAAGUAUUUUAAGCAGACUAAGAAUUUUGAAUAUAGAGAAACACAUCUGCUCCAAAUGAAUGACCCAGUAUUGGAUGUUGCAUUUGAUGAUGAGUGGUUGUAUGAAAUAUUCGUACCAACGUGUUCUUACAGAAUGGGAACGGAUAAAAUGGGAUAUGGGGCUGCAAUUAUAGAAAACAAUCGUAUGAAAUACACAGUAUUCUGGUCGCCGAAACGGUUCCCGCAUUUGUUUGUUUAUUUGUUUAUAUUAAUAAUAAUUUUCAUCUAUGGAUGUUGCUUUUGUUGUGUGCGAAUGAUCUCGCGACAAACCAAACUUAUUAGGAGUGAAGACAUCCUACCCUUAUUGCAUCGAACAUAAUAUAAAAAUAUAAUUUUAUAGAUAUUUUAUAUAGUACUUUGGCAGUAUUAACACCAUUGAUU